CUCUUGUGCUUCAUAAGAUCAUAAACUAAGUACAUUUCUUCUCUCUAGGUUUAGAGUAAAUACACAUAUAAUUAAUCAUCUUGUGAAUUCGUCAAGAUGGUGUAUAAAUCGUCUAUGAAGAAGGUCAUGGCUAGUUUGCUGACCGUGUUUUUGCUAAUCGAGGUGAUUUCUUGCGGAUUUGGAUUCGGAGGAAAUAAUGGCUUAAACAUGAACUACUACUUGAUGAGGUGCCCUUUUGCUGAGUCUGUUGUUAAGAACAUUGUCAACAGAGCUUUGCAGAAUGAUCCCACCCUCGCAGCUGGUCUUAUUAGAAUGCACUUCCAUGACUGCUUCGUAGAGGGAUGUGAUGGGUCAAUUCUGAUAGACUCCACUAAGGAUAAUACAGCAGAAAAGGACUCCCCUGCUAAUUUGAGCCUGAAAGGCUACGAAAUCAUAGAUGAAAUCAAAGAAGAGCUUGAAAGACAAUGCCCAGGGGUGGUUUCAUGCGCUGAUGUUCUUGCUAUGGCUGCAAGAGAUGCAGUUUUCUUUGCUGGAGGCCCAGUGUAUGACAUACCAAAUGGAAGAAAGGAUGGAAGAAGGUCCAAAAUUCAGGAUACUAUCAACUUGCCAUCCCCUACCUUCAAUGCUUCUGAGCUAAUUAGACAGUUUGGGAAACGUGGCUUUUCUGCACAAGAGAUGGUGGCUCUUUCCGGGGCUCAUACACUAGGAGUGGCAAGGUGUGCUUCUUUCAAGGACCGAUUGAGCCAAGUGGAUCCAACUCUGGAUACAGGUUUUGCCAAGACACUGUCAAAAACUUGCAGCUCCGGCGACAACGCGCAGCAGCCGUUCGACGCCACGAGCAACGACUUUGACAACGUUUACUUCAACGCUUUACAGAGGAAGAAUGGGGUGCUUACAUCAGACCAAACACUGUUCGCUAGCCCCCAAACUAGGAACUUUGUGAAUGGUUAUGCAUUCAACCAAGCCAUGUUCUUCUUUGAUUUCCAACGAGCAAUGGUGAAGAUGGGCCAGCUUGAUGUCAAACUUGAUUCCAAUGGUGAAGUGCGAGAAAAUUGCCGCAAACUAAACUAAUCUAUUAAUUAGGUUCGUGAUUGUUUUAGCUUUUACUUAAGGAGGCAGACUCAUGAAGCUUUUUAUAAGUUGAAAGUACAUCCUAUGCCACAUAUAAUAUAAAUGUGUGUAUGGUUUUGCUCUAUACUGCUUUACUAAGGUGUACUUGUGUUUAUAGUACUAGUAAUCUACAAGGUACAUUUUA